AUGCCUGAGCUGGAACUACUCAACAGCCUGUUCUCUCCGCCGCUCACCAAGAGCAUUCUUUCAAUGAAGGUAUACAGAGAAGAGCGAAGCUUCUACUGGGUGGUCAAAGAAUGCGCACAGAGGCUAUCGAAGACCAACCUUGACCUCACCUCACCAACCUCUGUACAGCAUUUUUUGUCUGUCAUGGAGCCGAUCCUCAGUCGCACCGCAAAGGAACAGAUUGCGGACAACAUCGCUUACUUCAACUACAUUUGUGAGAGCGAUUUGGCCGAAGCUCAUCUCAGUGAGGUUACUUUUGGUCAGUGGUUCCUUCACUUUGUCGAGACGGUCAUCACAUCCACGCACACACAACCACCGACCUCCAUAACCUCAUCGACAACGUAUGCAUCCACUAGACACUCGACUGCACGCUCAACCCCUCCUCCCACGCACGAGAAACCCAUCCCCGGCUUCGACGGCGCGGAUGAGCACACACAGAAACCGAAAGUUACUCAGGUAACUUUGAGGGGAGCUAGUAUAUUGUCGGCUUGGAGGAAUAACGAAACUGUCGUUGAUCCCCGUUACAACGCAACGUUGAGGAAGUUGGAAGAAAUCUUUGGCCUGGCAAAAAAUGCCAAACCUGACGAGUCUGGCGGGCCCAACGUGUUCCACGGUACCACCGCACAUUUCAAAGAAGGGGCCCAACAAUGGCCAGACAGUUGGGAGAACUCGGCUCUCAACCUGCAUCCCGCGAGUAAUGGAUGUCAAAUGAAUCCUCCCGGUGUUGGAGUAGCCUAUACCGCCUUCAGUCCGCUCCGCGCCUUCCUCUGGGCCGCGUUCCAAGGAACAAUUUACCAGAACAUCCCAAGCCGCGACAACAUAAACUUCAUGAACAAGGCUUGGACCUCUCAAGGACGACCGUUUAGAGGUGUAGCACUGUUCGGGUUCGACGCCACCACCCCGGCACCGCAGUCUUUGACCUGGGCGAUGGUUCCUGAGCGCGAAGGCGCCACUUUCUCGUCAAGAGUGGAGAGUCUGAGGACAAGCGGGUCAUCCAAGGGUAGUUUCUGGACUCCAAACGAUGCGUGGGCGCGUCUUCGUGAGACUGUCGGGAAUGAGAGCGAAGUAAGUUGUGGCUAUACGAAAUACAAUUGAGACAUAUACUGACUUGGUUUCUUUACCUUUGCAGGCCUGGCCCGACCUGCUACACAGUAAAGAGUUCGGACAGCAGCAGCGAGACCUUAGCGGCUUCCAGUGCAACCUGUGGAGAACCUGCUGGCUCGAAGGAAAAGCUCUCGAUGUUCUAAACCGCUCUUACAAGUUCACGGUCGCGAUUGAGUU